UGGAAAACGUGGUUGAUUUUGUCAGAUGUGUGUCUGGAUGUCCACCCGGCAUUAGACAUCCCUUCUCACUUCUACACCACAGUAAAUUCAUAAACCUCAACACCAGUAACAAGACUACGAGGGCCAAUGGCAGAGCAGGCUCCGUCUGUCGCCAGGGAGGCGGUCCUCAAGGAGAGCUCCGCCCUCCCCGAGAACAUGCAGCAAAUCAAAGGCUACGAUUUCAACGAGGGGCUGGACCGCCGAGCGCUGAUGCAGUCCUUCCUCUCCACGGGCUUCCAGGCCAGCAGCUUUGGACUGGCAGUGCAGGAGAUCAACAAGAUGAUUGAGAAGCGUCUGGAGGCGGGGCAGAGUGAAGAAGGAGCCAAUGAGAGUGAAGCGGGGGCGGGGCAACCGGGCUGCACCAUCUUUCUGGGUUACACCUCCAACCUCAUCAGCUCCGGAGUCCGAGAGAGCAUACGCUACCUUGUACAGCACAACAUGGUGGAUGUGAUCGUCACCACAGCAGGUGGCAUUGAGGAGGACUUCAUUAAGUGUUUGGCUCCGACGUUUCUGGGAGAUUUCAGCCUGCCAGGCAAAGAGCUCAGACAGAGGGGCAUCAACAGGAUAGGUAACCUGUUGGUGCCUAAUGAUAACUACUGUAAGUUUGAGGACUGGCUGAUGCCCAUACUGGAUCAGAUGGUGGACGAACAGAUGAACGAGGGCGUGCACUGGAGUCCCUCCAAGAUGAUCCACAGGUUGGGCAAAGAGAUCAACAAUCCAGAAUCUGUCUACUACUGGGCUUACAAGAAUGACAUCCCCGUCUUCAGUCCUGCCCUUACUGACGGUUCUCUGGGCGACAUGAUCUACUUCCACUCAUACAAGAAACCCGGACUCAUACUGGACAUAGUGGAGGACAUCCGCAGGUUGAACAGCAAGGCUGUGUUUGCCAAGCGCACCGGAAUGAUCAUCCUGGGAGGCGGACUAGUGAAGCACCACAUCUCUAACGCUAACCUGAUGAGGAACGGUGCGGACUAUGCGGUGUUUGUGAAUACGGGUCAGGAGUUUGAUGGUUCUGAUUCCGGAGCCCGACCCGACGAGGCCGUCUCCUGGGGAAAGAUACGCAUGGACGCCAAACCUGUCAAGGUGUAUGCAGAUGCCACUCUGAUCUUCCCCUUGCUGGUGGCCGAGACCUUCGCUGCUCACGCUGACAAACUCAUCACACAACAGCAGUAGCAACAGCAAUAGCAUACUCUCUCUCUUUAUCUCUAUCUCUCUAUCUCUCUCUCUCUCUAUCUCUAUCUCUCUCUCUCUCGCUCUCUCGCUCUCUGUCUCUGUCUCUCCCUCUCGCUCUCUCUCCUUAGAGGGGUGUGUUUGCACACCCCUGUCUUUGCCUAUCUUUGUGUAAGUGAUGGAAAGUGUGUGUGUGUGUCUGUGUGUCUGUGUGUGUGUGUG